CAGAGGAUAACAAAGAUACAUAAACAAACAGUCAGUCCUCUUAUCUUCAUAUCUUUCAUGGCUUCUUCAACCUUUAUAACAAGGGUCUCUACUUAUUCUCAACGCCACAAUCGCUCAAACCCAUUUCUACCUGUAAAUGUUUUCCACUUUUCAUCACCAUUUCAGACCCGAAUCCGACCCACCCACCUGCUCCUCAAAGCAGCCCCUGAAGAAACUCCUGCUGAGUUGGUGGAAGAUUCAAAGUUUGUUCCUCUAAAUCCUGAUGAUCCUACAUUUGGUCCACCAGCUUUGUUACUGGUCGGUUUUCAAGUCGACGAGGCUGCGAAGAUACAGGAGUUUUUAAAAGAGUUGGAUGGUGAAUUCUUAGAGGUUAUCUUUUGCACUGAAGACAUGAUGGCUGGCUCUCUUUGGGAAGCAAUAAAUACCAAACAACCCAACCUCCAUGCUUCAAAGAUCGCAGGAUCGCUACCGAGGAUCUGCUUUUUAUCUGGUCUUACAGGCGAGGAGAUGAUGAUGUUCAUCGACGCUUUUCCAGAAUCUGGAUUAGCAGGAGCAGUGUUUGCAGCUGUUGUACCAAACAGUGCUGAUAAACCAUUACAAGAGGUGAUUGAAGAGAUCAUGGGAGAUCAUGAGAUGAUGAAAUCGCGAGAAUCAAGCUAGAUCAAACUUCACUUCAGUAUUUAGCAAGAUUAUUAAAUUCACAAUGUAUCAUAUACUAUUAUGUAAUAAACGCCGAAUUAGACGUCAAUGAAACACAAAAGCAUGUUUAUCA